CAUACACAUUGAAAAUAGCAGAUUGCACAUUGUGUCAGAAAUAACAUCAUAAACAAUCCAUAGGGUUCUUGUGUAACAUUAGUGUAUCAGACCUGUGAAACCAGUUACUGUCAAGGAUUAGAGUUUGCAAAGGGGGAAAAAAAAGAACAAUUUCUUCCUUAGUACAGUGUGUCACGGACAACCUUUUAUCCGAUGCUAUUGUUCGGUCUCUCCUGGCUCUCGUUUCUUAGCAACGGCAAUAACGACACACACGAAAACAACAAACUCGCAGGGGGUUCUUGAAGGUAAAGACUAUCUUUAGGAAAGUGGCGUUCUUUGCUUGACUUUUAACAAAGUAAUCUGACUUUUUCAUUAGCUGCUUCAGGAACGGCUUCUAUUCCGGAUCCGAAAAAUGUCACGAAGCCAGCCGUCGGACUCCCGCGGGACAACGACAGAGAGGAGCUCUGGUCCGCUAAGUCACGUCUCGCUGUCCCCCGAAUGGAACAGGAUGGCGACGAGAGGCACGCCAAGGUUUGGAGCUCUGAGCCAUCACUCCUUUUUCUCCCGCCACAACCCUCACCCACACCGGGUGAGACAUAUUCAAGGACUCAACGGGCGGCCCGUGUGCAUGGUGAGGGACGACUGGUUUGUCUCCUCCUCGCUAUUUCCUCACCCGCUCCUUAAGGGUCACGUCCACAGACAGUCCAGCGUUCCCGCCUUGGCUUUUUUGCCGCAUCAAAACAUUUACGGGGUCAACGGCGGCAAAUCCGCGACGUUUUCAGAAGCUUGGAGAGAUGAACUCAAAGAGCUGGCGGCGAAAGUCAGUUUGCCUUCUCAGGCACACAAGGACAAGAAUGAGGCAAUGUCUGAGAAGGAACCAGUCCGCCGAAAGACCCAAUAUUCCGCAGAAACCGGGAGAAUCAUCCCUCCGAACUCCAUGUCUCACCACCGUAGAUCUCAAUCUCUGCGCCUGGACUCCCUGCAAGCUUUCCACGACCAAGAACUAACGGUGUUGGAGGUACUUUGCCAGAUCCUGCAGACUGAUUCCCUAUCGGCAGUCCAACAGUGGCUUCUGAUGGCAAGCCAGAGAGAGAAAGACCUGGUCAUGGGGAUGAUCAAAAAAGCACUGGACGGCGUUGACUUACCGGGUCGUCGGCAGCCAAGCUUGCAACAUCUUCAAGAGUUUCAUCCUGGCUCUUUGCCGCUCAUUGACGAGCCAACACGGAAAAAAACGCAAGGAUCCAGAUCACACGAAGCGAACAGAACAUCCAGCAAAGACAAGCCAGAGAUGAUAGGAGAUGCAGAAGUCCUUGAAAUCCACAGAGAAGACCAAUAAAAGACUGACAAGAGCUUACAAAGAUGAGCUUGCAAAUUUACAAUUUCUAUUCUUUUUGUCUGACUUAUACUCACUCACUUGUAGAAAAAUACAUCAAUAGUUGUACUUGAUCUCUGCAGAGAGUGGGAAAAACACUUCAUCUCUGCCCAUGACUGUAGACCUCACUCACAUUUGAAAAAAAAACCUGGCAUUAUGCACAAAACUAAAGUCUGGUGAGAUGUGUUGAUAUACACUACUGUUCAAAAGUUUGGGGUCACAUUGAAAUGUCCUUAUUUUUGAAGGAAAAGCACUGUACUUUUCAAUGAAGAUAACUUUAAACUAGUCUUAACUUUAAAGAAAUACACUCUAUACAUUGCUAAUGUGGUAAAUGACUAUUCUAGCUGCAAAUGUCUGGUUUUUGGUGCAAUAUCUACAUAGGUGUAUAGAGGCCCAUUUCCAGCAACUAUCACUCCAGUGUUCUAAUGGUACAAUGUGUUUGCUCAUUGGCUCAGAAGGCUAAUUGAUGAUUAGAAAACCCUUGUGCAAUCAUGUUCACACAUCUGAAAACAGUUUAGCUCGUUACAGAAGCUACAAAACUGACCUUCCUUUGAGCAGAUUGAGUUUCUGGAGCAUCACAUUUGUGGGGUCAAUUAAACGCUCAAAAUGGCCAGAAAAAGAGAACUUUCAUCUGAAACUCGACAGUCUAUUCUUGUUCUUACAAAUGAAGGCUAUUCCACAAAAUUGUUUGGGUGACCCCAAACUUUUGAACGGUAGUGUAUCAUACGAUGAUUGCUUCAAAGCCUAGUUUUAUUGACUUUAUUGGUUACAUUUUCCAAAAAGUGAUGCUCAAAAACAUUGAUGUUGUCUUCAAAAGCAUUUGAAAUGUUUCCAAUUUUUUAAGCGGACAGAAUUAAAAAUGUCACCAAGUUUGUGUAUUUUUAAUAGAACUGUCGAACGUUUUUGUAAAAAAAAAAAAAAAAUCACAGAUGAAUAACAGUAAAUUACUUGCUUGCAUAAUUCAACCCUCAAGGGACAAAGGCUGACUUUUUUGUCCUUUCAGUAAAUUCUUGCUGUAUUUUUGACAUCAUUUUUGUUGUGUUACUGCAUUAUGCACUAAUGUUCCCAAGAUCCUUGUUUUUUUUUAUGUUAUGUUUUUAAAAUGUCAAUAUCUGUGUCUCAGCUGUGGUCCGUAUGGGCUGCAGCAGUACUCAGUUGUAAUACACUUUUCCACCAUUUUUGGCAGUAAUGACAAUCUCAAACAAACAGAGUAAGUCUGGAGCCGCUGGAGUCAUAGAGAAGUUUCUUAAGUGCAAAAAUGAAGACUACUGUGGUGAAGUUGUACUUUCAUUUGCACGUACAUUUUAUGGACGGUUUAAGGUUUCCCCUAGACUGCCAAGAUACCUAUGACAGUGGGGGAGUGGUUAGGGGCGUGGUCACCAUGACGCCAUCGUACAAUGUGCUGAUGUUGAUUAUUUUUACACAUAUUUAAAAAAACAAUCUGUAGUGUUAAUUAGUAUAACAUAUGUUUUACAUUAUAUUGUUUGAUAAUUUUACUAUAUACUAUACCAGGGGUCACCAACCUUUUUGAAACCAAGAGCUACUUCUUGGGUAGUGAUUAAUGCGAAGGGCUACCAGUUUGAUACACACUUAAAUAAAUUGCCAGAAAUAGCCAAUUUGCUCAAUUUACCUUUAACUCUAUGUUAUUAUUAAUAAUUAUCAAUCAAUCAAUCAAUGUUUAUUUAUAUAGCCCUAAAUCACAAGUGUCUCAAAGGGCUGUACAAGCCACAACGACAUCCUCGGUACAGAGCCCACAUAAAUUAAUGAUAUUUACACUUAAUUGAACGGUUUAAAAGAGGAGAAAACACGAAAAAAAUGACAAUUAAAUUUUGAAACAUAGUUGAUCUUCAAUUUCGACUCUUUAAAAUUCAAAAUUCAAACAAAAAAAAGAAAAGAAACUAGCUGAUUCGAAUCUUUUUGAAAAAAUAAAAAAACAAUUUAUGGAACAUCAUUAGUAAUUUUUCCUGAUUAAGAUUAAUUUUAGAAUUUCGAUGACAUGUUUUAAAUAGGUUAAAAUCCAAUCUGCACUUUGUUAGAAUAUAUAACAAAUUGGACCAAGCUAUAUUUCUAACAAAGACAAAUCAUUAUUUCUUCUAGAUUU